AUGUCUAAUCCUGUUGGGGCUCCAGCAGUCGGAAACUUUAGCAAUGUUCAACUUGCACAUGUUUACCAAUCGUAUCAACAACAGCCCUCGCAAAAUCCACGCUUUUCACAGCAGGUUUCCCUUCCAGCACAGAUGGGUUAUUAUCAGCAACAUGCACAGCCACAAUUAGUUAGGCAGCAAUCAGAGAGUGGAAUUCAACACCAUACUCAGAUUCAACAACACAUCCUAACUAUGCAGCAACAACAACAGCAACAGGUAGUCCUCGCCCAGCAGGAAAUAAACUCGGCAAGUCCAGUAAUAUUUUCACAAUUAAAACUUUUACUUACACACCCUUCCAUUCUGCUCGUGCCAGCCAGGCAGCACGAGUUAUUUGCAUAG